AUGUCUGAUCUGGAUGACUCGGUGCAUCCUGGGCAGCUGGUCAGUGCUAGCCUUUUAGAGAUUGAAAGGAUAUCGCUUGCAUUGGAGAAUACCACAUCGCUGACGAGCGCAGGUCAUGAUCAAAUACAUGAUCUAUCGAAGCAAUUGAAAAGUAUUGAACAGAAUUUACCCCUGGUUUUCACUCUGGAUGUCCCAAAAGAUCGAAUCAAUCAACAGCUACUACUAUUACGAGAUUCAAAGAGCAUAUUCCCUACCAUUACGAGAACAGGUAAAAAGAUUGAAUCAGCAUUAUGUCAUCUGCUGGAUAUACUAGAGCAAGGAAUAAGCACUUUGGAUGGUGAUCAAGAUUUCGAUACGUUGUUUGACCUAAUAGAAAAUUGUACCCAAAUGGCAGUUAGGAUGGAAGCUUGGACACGCUCUAGAAAGAGUAUCCUCGACGUAUCUCUGGAGUUUGGCGAAAUUUUAGUGGACCAUAUAGAAGCCUUGGAGAGUGUCAUUGAAAAAAAUAUAGAAUUGUGCUUUGAGAUUCAGGAAGAACGGUUCUCUUCACCGGUACGACAUACCCCAUCUUUCACUUUAAAGCAACUAGUGGGCCUCUUGUCGUCAAAUAGCGAAAAUUCUGAGGUCAAGGUACCUAUAUUUUCUAAUAUGGAGGAAGCUCUGUGCAGGAAGUUUUUGACUCUUAAACGUAGUGUACCACCUAUUGAGAAAAGUCUCAAGGAAAUUCUACCAGAGAGAAUUGCUGAAUUCGGCAAUCGCAAUGUAUCGAAUAUGGAGUUCAUGAGCUCUCUUCUACAAGAUCGAGCUAAAAAUUUGUCGACCAAGUUCAGAUUUAUGGUUAGCGAAAUCAGAGAGUUGAAAAGCGAAUUGAUAGACAAGAGAUGGACGACAUUAUUCAGGAACCUAAAUCACGAACUUUCUUCGAUUUUGGAGGAGGUUCAAAUGCUCCAGCAUAAAAUUGCAAACAAUGAUUACAGUUAUAGUCGUGAAAUCGAUCAGAAAUUUACGAAACAGUUACAAAAAAAAACCAAGACGAUAACCAAGACCUUCAAUGUCAUAUACAGAGCUCUAGAGUUUUCAUUGCUAGAAGCUGAAGUCGCAUCCGAGACGAACACUUUGGCUCAAAAGUGGCUUGAUAUCAGGCCCGUGAGCGAUAAGCUUUUAUCUGAUUCCCGAUGCGACGAGGCUGAUAUCCAAUCACUAACGCAACAACUCAGAGACCUUAAAGUGAAGAGCUCUACUCCUUCGGCUGAUGGCCCUGGACCACAGAGAAACAAUUUUGGAGCUCUUCUCAUGAAAAAAAUGAAUAUCAAACCUGUGAUAAUAAAGGGUACUCCACAAUCUGCGGUUAAAGUUAAUCCCUUCUAUGAGAAAUCACCUACCAAGGAGCGAAAUAUGCCAACUGAGGGUCUCAUUCUAAAGACUGCACCUCUCCUACCGUAUUCAAGCCAGCACAGCAGUGCGGAAGACAUUUUUGAAGCUUUUGAGACUUCUUCAAGCCCAACUUCGAGAUCCAUGGAAUCCUUAGAAUCAGAAAAAUUUCAGCAUUACGCAAGCCGAGGGAGCCGCAUACCAACCCUACCAAAUACUACUCUUUCCCUCGCUACAAUUGUAACUCCACGCUCUAAACUAACACAGCUUUGGACACCUUAUCCAACCGAAGGUCAAUUUCUUCACCAGCCAACACCCAGGGCAGUCUUAUUAUCAUCUGGAAUGAUGUGA